AUGCCAGCUAACAUUGUCGAGGGAACAAUCUCUGCCUCGCUAACUGGACUUGGCACUACAGGGAACAUCUUUGUGUUGGGGAAGUACGUGCUCAUAUUUGCAGGCAAAGAGCAGAAAUCUAUAUACCUUAUUCUCGUCCAUUUGGCUGUUACAAACACCAUGACUCUGCUUUCCAAGGGAGUGCCAGGUACCUUAGCAGCUUUGGGUGUGAGAAACCUCCUAGAUGACACAGGCUGCAAGAUUGUUGUUUAUAUGGAGAGGGUGUCCCGGGGCCUCUCCAUCUGUACCAGCAGCUUCCUCACGGUGGUCCAGGCGGUCACCAUCUGUCCCAGACACUCAGGAUGGAGGAGGCUCAAGCCAAGGUCAGCACGCUAUGUCCUCCUUGUCCUUCUCUAUUUUUGGAGUCUCAACUCUUUGAUAAGCAUGAGCUUACUCCACUCCAUCACAAAUAUCAGCACCAACUCAUCAAAAGUUAGUAACAGUGAAAGGUACUGCUAUUUUCUUCCAGAAAGUAAGAAGGUAAAGUGGAUUUUUCUCACCUGCAUGGUGCUGCGGGAUGCAGGGUUUCAGGGCAUCAUGGGUGCAGCCAGCGGCUACAUGGUGCGGGUUCUCCACAAACACCACCAGCAGAUUCUUCAUCUGCAGAAUGCCAAGUUCCUCUACACAGCUCCUCCUGAAAUCAAAGCUGCCCAAAGCAUUCUCCUUCUGAUGCUUUGCUUUAUUGUGUUUUAUUGGAUAGACUGUCUCCUUUCUCUGAUUAUAAGUUGCUCCUUAGUGACUCUUUCCACUGUCAUAAAUGUUAAAGAAUUUCUCACCCUUGGUUAUGCAGUUUUUAGUCCAUUUAUUUUGAUUCACAGAGAGGGACAUCUGGGUCAUUGUGGGGGCACUCGUGGGACACACAGAAGCUGA